AUGGUCCAGCGUCUCGCUAAGGGCGUUCUUCCCCCAAACACCUCUCUCCACAAAGACGCUGUCUUAGCAAUGCAGAAGAGCGCUACUGUUUUCAUCAGCCAUCUUGCCGCACAAGCAAAUAACACAACCCAGACUAACAAUCGCCGCACAAUCCCUCCUCAAGCCAUCUCAGAAGCCCUGCACGAUCUCGAGUUUGACUCCUUUAUACCGAGAGUAGAAGCGGAGUUGCGCCGCUUCGGCGAGAUACAGACGGGGAAGCGGAAUGAGUAUCGGAGGAAGUUGAAGGAAGGGGUGACGAAGACAGAAGGAGGAGAGGGAAACACGACCGUGGAAAUGAGCGAAGUAGGCGACGGGGAGGACGGUGACAGAGCGGCCAAGAGGUCAAGAAUAGAUGAAGAGGGCGAGGCUGAGACGAAUGGGACAGCAUAUGCGAGGGGACCGGAAAGUCCAAGCGCUCAAUUACGGAUGCAAAUGCAACCGAGGGAGGGAGCUAGAGAAUGGGAUCCUGACCAGGAUCCUGAAGAAGACGACGAGGAGGACGUGGACGAGGAAGAGGAAGAUGGCGGAGUUGAAGCGGGUCAAGGGGAGGAGGGGGAGGAGGAUGAUGAUGCGGAUGAAUAUCCGGAUGCAGGUCAUAGAGCUGAGUCUUUGGGCAUGGAUGAUCCGGAUGAAGAAGAUCAGAGGGAGCAAAGGAGGCGAUUCGCUUAUGGGCCUGGAGGAGAAGGAGGCGGAGAGAGUAGUGGGGACGAAGAGGAGGGUAUAGAGGAGGAUUGA